GCAACAGAUGACAUCAAACUUUGUCCUAUCCUUUCAAAAUUGUCAAUAAACACAAUUUUCAUUGUAACUAACAUGACAAAAAUUCAAAGCCAUUCUUUGAUUUGGACUUACAGAAUAACCCUCUGGCGACUGUUGAUCUCAUAUGGCUAUGAUGUAUACAACUUUGAUACAGAUGCUAUUGUUUUACAUGAUCCUAUAGGUCAUGUUGAGAGAAAUUAUCCUAAUGCAAGCAUUGUUGCCUCUAUGACUAAGAAAUCACCAAAGAAUGUCCAGAGAGACUGGGGUUUUACUUUAUGCAUGGGAAAUGUUCUUUUCAGGAAGG